AAGGAAGGUCUGGAUUCCCACAUGUUGGAGACCCAUGGGAAGGUGGAGUACAGGUGUAAUAACUGUGAGUUUGUGGCAGAAACUGAGGAAGAAGUGCACCAACAUCAGUUAUCGGUAGGGCACCAAAGGACACAUAAAUGCAGGCACUGUGACUUCACAACUCACUGGCAGAAGAACUUGAUCCUGCAUGAAAAACGUCACUCCGAAACAGAAAAGUACAUUUCAUGUGAAAUAUGCAGAAAAGAUGUUCCAAAAUCCACCUACAGGAGGCAUCGCGAAAGACACAGUAGAAAGUUCACGUGCUCUACUUGCUCCAAGACAUUCCCAGAAAAGGGUUUACUCAAAAUACACACAGACUUCACCCACGAUAACAAAGUACUGCAGUGUUCUUACUGCGACAAAACAUUCCGAUCGUACGCCGGGUACAUGAUGCACCGGUACGUUCACGUUUCCGAUGAGCACACUUGUAAGGACUGUGAUCUGAAAUUCCGCACUAAAACCUUACUCUACCACCACAGACGCAAAGCUCACCUCCCAUUUAAAGAAUAUACAUGUGAGGUCUGUGGAAAGGUGUUGGAGUCACCGCGCAGUUUGAAAGAUCACAGGAAAAUUCACAUGGGUGACGAAGCCAAGGUUUACAAGUGUGCAAAGUGCCCCGCAUCGUUCAAGUGGGCAGGGUCAUUAAGAAGACAUCAGAAUUCCCACGAGCUUUUGAAGACAUGUACCAUAUGUAGAAAACACUAUCAGGGAACCAGAGGACUUAAGAGACACAUGUCAACAGUGCAUAAAGAACUGUUUGAGUCCUGAAGACAGGUGCCAGUAAGAAAAGUUGUUGUGUUUGGUCAGUUUGGUGUGUAGCCUACAGGCUAGCAGUGACAAUAUACUAGUGUUCAGUUUGUAGAAUGUACAAGUUAACCUCCUUGGUACAAGGCCUAGGGAAAAAAAAGUUGUGUUUCUUGUUUCCCGACCGGCCCUACCUAUAGAAAACACUGCUGACCCUAGACUUUUUUGUGUGGAA